CUUUGGCUUUCCCUCUUCUCUUUGCCCUCCUCUUCCUUUCAGUUCUAAGUUUAGUGACUUUCAGAGGAUCACCAUGGGAUCGAUCAAGUUCAGUGCACAGCAUGAGGCAUUGGUAAAGGAGUCAUGGGAGGUCCUGAAACCCAACGCCCCAGAGCUCAGUCUCAAAUUUUUCCUCGCAAUCUUCGAGAUCGCACCAGAAACAAAGAACCUUUUCUCUUUCCUCAAGGACACAAAUGAGGCUCCUGAGAACAAUGCCAAGCUGAAGUCUCAUGCAAUGAUGGUCUUCAAGACGACAUGUGAAGCGGCUAUUCAGCUGAGAGAGAAGGGUGAGGUUGUAGUUGCAGAGAAUACCAUCAAGAACCUUGGAUCUGUACACCAGAAAAAAGGAGUCCAAGGUCCUCAUUUUGAGGUUGUGAAAGAAGCACUGUUGAGGGCGAUACGCCAGGGGAUGGGAGAAAAAUGGAGUGAAGAGAUGGGUUCCGCGUGGAGCGAAGCAUACGACCACAUUGCUUCCGCCAUUAAAGCUCAGAUGAACUGAGGACUCUACUAGAAAAUGCUUUCGAAUAAAGCCAUGCCUUACUUUUCUGUAAGGCAAAAAGGAAGAGGAGACAACUGAGGGACUCUACUAGCAAAUGCUUUCCAAGCGGCAAUAAAUAUGAUAUGAAUUUUGUUCUGUUUCCAGGUAGCAAAGAGUGCUAAUCUACUGGUUUCGAUCAAUAUUUUGUGGUUUCAUGUGUAUGAUCAGAAAAUAAUAAUCAAAGGCAA